UCGCGUUAUUUGAACCAGUUCGCACGUGAAUGUACCCUCGCGGAGCCCAUACGAAAGUAAUUUUUUAUACAACGAAAACGACAGUGCAAACUGAUUAUUGUCCACUGUGUUAUUUAACGUUCUUGUGUUGUAUUAAAAAGGGUCUUAACUACCCGAAAAAUAUUUAGCAAGUGUUUAAGAUAAAGCCGCAAAAGUGGAUACCGAUACCGUAAAAGUCGAGGAUUUGAUGGACUCUGAUCCUGACAUUGAGUUCAUUGAAAAGGAUAGCGGGAUGUCUUCGUUGGGUGGUAGCAAGGACGAGACGCCAGAGCGCCGCACAGUGGCAAUUCCAAACGAUGAUCCGCAGGCGGAUGCUGAAAAUUACGAUGAUGAACCAGAUGAAUCGUUCGGCGAACGGAUGUUGGGACUGGGCGAAAUGUUCCCGGAAUCAGUGCGCAAUGUGGCCAGCGCCGUGACCAGCACCGCGGUGAAGAGUUUCCGCAGUCUCUAUCAGUUCUCGUGCAAUGCAUCAUGGAUAUUCUUUACCAGCUCCGUCAUACUAUUUGCGCCCGUCAUCUUUGAGACCGAGCGCGCCCAAAUGGAGGAGCUGCACAAGUCACAGCAGAAACAGGUGCUGCUUGGUCCUGGCAGUGCCAUGGCCGCAACUGGACCAUCGCCCAGUUUACCAUUGAUUCGUUAAUUUACAUUCGAUAUACAUGCAUGUACGUUAGUUUUGGGUUUACCAGCGGGACUCCAAUGCCACACGCUAGCAUCUAAGUCGGAUCCGUCAGUCCACACACACACACACACACACACACACACGCACAUGCCACACAGCAAUAGAUAUUCCAAGUAACCAGAGCCACGCCUCAAGCAUUUACCAUCGCGAUGCAGCAUAGCCAUAGCCAUCAGAGAAUCAUCUUGGACACAUCUCGGAGCAGUUGGCAGAACUUCAACUAGGGUUUAGUACGAGUAUUUUGUAGUUGGCCUCCAAAAACCACAUCAAAUUCUAACAAUUAAUGUUUAAAGAAAUUAAUAAAAUAUACGUUUAUUAAGAGUUAACAGCCAA